CGCGCGCUGCCUACGUGCCCACGUUGAUCAGGACUGCGGCCUGCGCGCGCUGCGUGUCUCUGCGUGCGUUCGAGGAGCCAAAGGUCGCGGCUUUUUUCAGUAAUCAUGGCGAGAUACAUGCGACCUCCGAACACGUCUCUGUUCAUCAGAAACAUCUCCGAUGACAGCAGGCCAGAGGAUUUGCGUCGUGAGUUUGGUCGUUACGGACCUAUAGUAGAUGUCUACAUUCCUGUUGACUUCUAUUCACGGCGACCAAGAGGAUUUGCAUACGUACAGUUCGAGGACGUUCGAGACGCGGAGGAUGCGCUGCAUAACCUGGACAGGAAGUGGAUCUGUGGGCGGCAGAUCGAGAUUCAGUUCGCUCAAGGAGACAGGAAGACUCCCGGUCAGAUGAAAUCCAAAGAGAAGCGCUCUCCCCGCAGCGACUCCCGCUACGAUGAUUACGAGCGUGACGGCCGCCGCAGACGCUCCCGCAGCCGGAGUUACGGCAGAAGCAGAUCCCGCAGUCCUUCGUACGAGCGCCGAGCGCGGAGAUCAGGAAGCCCCAGAGACUCUCGGUCUCACGGCAGACACCGGAGGAGCAGAAGUCACGAGAACGACCGACACAGGUCACGUGAUCACGGCCGCAGACGCCACCGGUCGGCCUCGCGCUCGCCGUCCCGCGACUCCAAAUACAAGACGAAGAGCCGGCGCUCCCGGUCCAGAUCGGCCAGUCCGCCGGCGGAGGAGCUGCAGGCCUCGGCCGGCCCCCGCGAGGAAGAAGCCCGCGCUCGCUCCGCCUCCCGCUCCGUCCGCUCGCGCUCCAGAUCCAGGUCCUGGGCCGGGCGCAAGUCCGGAGGCCGCUGAAGCUCCCGGACCCCGUCCCGCGGUUCAUCGUGACGCCGCAGCGGCUUCUGCUUGUUCCCGGAAGACGGCGUGUUGUGAGGAGAAGCGCGGUGUAAAGAUGGCUUUAUUUUUCUAGUCAAAGACGAGCGGAGCGCCAGCCGUUUUUAUUGUAGAAAGAUGCAUGCAGACACCGUUAACGACGGGGAACACCCCACGCUUUUUCUUUCAAAGGUUGCCGUUUACUCCGGAGGGGAGGGAAAAAAAAAAAAAAAAAGGCGCAGUGUUAAGGUUUUUUUUGUUACGUAUUUGAAACUCGAUUUGUAUUCGUUAAGUCUUGAUCGUAGCAUCUGUUUAUAUUAAAGACGUAGUAUUUUUGUCAUUGUAAAAUAAACAUGAUUUAAACAUU